CAAGAAAAGAAGAAGAAGAAGAAGAAGAAGAAGAAGAAGAAGAAGACCCCGGAAGUAAAUAAACGUCACGUGUUGGUGCGUGUGAAAAUGUCUACCUGCGCCGCAGCGAAGAGACCACAAACGGUGUCUUCUCAGCCCGAGGAGAAGGUGGACUGGAAGAGAAGGAAAGCAGAGGUAAAGGAAUCUAAGAAGCAAAGGAAAGAGGCCAAGUUGAUCAAUCAGUUGGAAAAGCAGAAACAGCAAGAGGCUGAAGAAAAAGCAAAACUUGAAAAGGGCCAGAACACAAAGGGUCGGGCGUACACGGUGAGCGUGGCCCUGCCUGGUUCUGUCCUGGACAACGCUCAGUCCACUGAGCUCCGUACAUACCUGGCGGGACAGAUCGCCCGGGCCUGUGUCGUGUUCUGCGUUGACGAGAUCGUUGUGUUUGAUGAACAAGGGGAAGAUGUUAAGAGUGUUGAAGGGGAAUUUAAUGGUGUUGGGAAGAAAGGACACGCUUGUAUUCAGCUCGCCAGAAUACUGCAGUAUCUUGAAUGUCCACAAUACCUGCGCAAGUGGUUUUUCCCGAAACAUCAAGACUUACAGUAUGCAGGUUUGCUGAACCCCUUAGACAGUCCUCACCAUAUGAGGAUAGACGAGGAGUCAGAUUACCGGGAAGGAAUCGUCCUUGACCGGCCGACCAAACAAGGUCAAGGGUCAUUAGUCAACUGUGGAAUGAGAAAGGAUGUUCGGAUUGAUAAACAGCUGCAGUCUGGACUUCGAGUCACAGUACAGCUCAAUGAGACGCAAAAGCAAGAGAGCAGAAUUUAUAAAGGUGUGGUGGUAGCGCCUCAUGUGCCCAGGACUGAAGGAGGCCUCUAUUGGGGUUACACUGUCCGCCUGGCUUCUUGUCUCAGCGCAGUUUUCACGGAAAGUCCCUACAAAGAAGGAUACGACCUGACUGUUGGCACAUCGGAGAAAGGCAGCAACAUGGACCAAACCACACUGACGCCUUUCAAGCAUCUUCUGGUCGUGUUCGGGGGGCUUCAGGGUUUGGAGGCCAGUGUAGAUGCCGACCAAAACCUGGAUGUGACCGACCCCAGUGUUUUGUUUGACAUUUACCUGGACACAUGCCCCGGUCAGGGCAGCAGGACCAUUCGCACAGAGGAGGCCAUCUUAAUCUCCAUGGCAGGCCUGAGACAGAAGAUCACCACUGCCUUUUCAGAGGUUUCCACUGGUUCGUCUAGUAACUAGUGAUGCAGAAGAGUAAAUGAAGAUGUGUUGUUUUUAAGCACAGUCCACUUGUGAAACUGCCAUUAUCUCAAAUCUCAUAUCCUGCACUGAGCGCCGUCGGUGCUAGAUACAUGUCACAUUUCUCUUUUUGCUGAUCUCAUUCUGUAUUUUUCUAAAUGAUCCAACAACUUGUACAUAUUUAAAUACAAAUACCAUCCUCGA